AUGAGCCCUCACUCUUCUGACAAUGCCUCCCAAUCAAAGCAAAAGAAGAAAACAGGCUCUCCCCCUACCAUACCCGUAGACAAGCCCUCCACCGCCGCCACAUCCACCGCAGCAUCCACCGCAACAUCUACAUCCGCCUCCUCUCCACCUGUCCAGCCUGUGUCCAUUGCAGCUGCGCAACCAGCAACAACAAACUCUGGUCCGGCUCAACCUGCUGCUUCCAUCUCUACCGCACCUGACGCUCAAUCUCCUCCUCGGCCUUUAACCGCCUCCAACCCUCGCGUGUUCACAGCCUCGACCCUCAAACCUGUCUCGGCCAUUGACACUGUCACCUCGACUAUCUCUGCCAUCUCGCAGCAGGCAAAUCGCGGCAUCUCCAGUCUCAUAGCCGCUCAUUCAAACCUGCCGAAUGCCACCUCUCCUCUCGUCUCAGCAUCCGCAGAUCACUCCACUCCUCUACGCACUGACGGCUCCGUCUCGCCUAUCUACGACGCAUUUCACAAUGCUGGCUCAACUCCGGAUCCCGCUCCCAUCGACGCUGCUUUGAAGCAUGCAAAUCAUCUUGCCACAGCUGCACGACCUGCACUGCCCCGUGUGCUUUGGUCACGUUGGGAUCGUCUACCCCUGAAAGCCCAACCUCCCAAAUGGGCCCCCUUGCUUAUCUCUUACUUUGACGACGGCACUCUUCAGGCUCUCCUCGCUCAAGACCGUCAGAUCUCAGAGCUUCUCUGUUUACCAAAGGCCGCAGAGGUGCUAAGCGAAGACGCUGCUGCUGCUUCUUCUUCUUCUUCUUCUUCUUCUUCUUCUUCUUCUUCUUCUUCUUCUUCUUCUUCUUCUUCUUCUUCUUCGUCCGCUUCAGGAGCACUUCAGCUUUUGACCGCCUUUGUCAGGCACCCGCUUCCGGACUCCAGUGAGCCUCAGCUCAUGCUUGUUCUUCAAGAGCCCAACAAGGCGACUCACUUGCUCGCCUACUCCCUCACUACCCAUCAGAUUCAAGCUUCUGUCCAGCUGCAGCACCAUGUCUUGCCUCCAUCCGACACUAUCCAGUCCAACGACGCUCGCAUCGAUGAUAUCUGGCAGCAAGUGAGUUCGCAGUGCAACAAAAGGUUCCUCGUUCUCUCCUUUGCUUCUCCAGCCUCCAUUCAUGUCCUCUCGACUGCAACGCUCCAAUAUCUACACUCGCCCAUUCUUGACGCCGCAGCCGCCAACGCCAACCGUCCUCCUCCCAUCUCCCUCUCACAUCGACUUCUCGCCUUCGCUUGCACCACAUCUCAAGCCAUCUCUCCCGUCGGUGAGAUGCGUGAUAAUCUGUUCGAGACUUCCGCACAUGUUGGAGACGCUGCUCGUCGCAUCCGAGGCGGCGUCAUGAGUGGCGUUCGCACGCUCGGCGAAUGGGGCAGUUCCUACUGGCCCCAUGCAGGUAGCCCACCAACUACAACCGCCUUCUCGCCUCCAAAGCCCAGCCUCCUAUCGCAAUCGGCCCCUCACUAUGCACAUCCCUCACGUUCCGCCUCAUCUGCCUCCAGCUCACCUAUGCUCCUGGCUUCUGACGGUGGACGCAAUCCCAAACGCUUGUCAACCGGCGCCACAGCUGCUCUGCCAGUCAUAACGGAUGCUACAGCCAAGAGCGCUGCUAGCAAUACCAAUGCUGUCCAGGCCGGUUGCUUGCGCAUCCUUGACUUGGCCUCAGAUGCACGCAUUGUCUGCACCUUUGCACCUUCAACUAGCUCACUUGCCUUUGUCGCCUUCAGUCCAUGUGGUCGCAUGAUGCUGACAGCCGAUAUUCUGGCACAUGCCUUCCACGUAUUCGAGCUGCACCUUGCUGGUGCUUUUGGCGGUGCGGGCACCCCUUCCAGCUCCACCGUACUUCACAGGUACAAGCUCAUGCGUGGCAUCACCACUGCAGAUGUAGUGCAAGCCCAAUGGUCUUCUGAUGCCCAGUGGAUUACUGUUGGCACACGCAGCGGCACCGUUCACGUUUACGCUGUCAAUCCUUACGGAGGCAGUCCUUCGAUUGCUAAUCACGUCCAGCGCAAGAUCAAGAACCCGCAGCUCCUGCAGCCCCUCGGCGUAUCGCUCGCAAGCUUGGCUCGCUCUACGCGUCCCUCACUACCACCUCAGCAGGAAACAGCCCUGAAGCAGCCUGGUGCGCCUGCAGUAGAGGCAGAAGCCUCUACUGCCGCAGCCUCACAAAUGCGUUUCAGUCCGCCCUCCUUCUUGCUUGUCGGUCACGGAGCGCGACGACCAGACGCAGAUAGCGAGGCCUCCUCUCCGUUUGAGCUUCUGACGAAUGAUCCACGCGGCCACCGCGUCACACUUCAUUCGGUACGUUGUUGGAGCACGCAGGCUCGAGCACCGUCUUCAAGCAGCACUAGAGAGGAGAUGCCCUCCACCAGCCCGGAAGUCAAGCAACGUAUCGGUGGCGCCACAUCACCACGAUCGUCGGGCCUCUCCCAGAUGAUGAGGAAAGCUGGCGAGGGUCUCCUCGCUGGCCAGCAAUUACCGAGACUUCAGGCAGAGUGUGUGCGCGUUGCAUUGUGGGAACACCUCGCUCCCGAGAACGGUGGCCCAGCCAACAAGCAGGCUCUCUCGACUUUGUCGGAUGGGGACCUCUCGUCUCGCUCGCUCGAGCGUUCGCACGAGGCUAUGCUGGCGCCAUUGGCCGCGGUAGCCAAGGCCGAGAUCGAAACUCACAGUCAGUCGCCGGCCAUUGUGCCCACGUCCAUCUUCUUAUCUCGACAAACCUACUUCCACUCACGCACCCGCGUCCCAAAGUCGUCUUUCACCCAAGCUGACUCCUCAGAGUCUUUGCGCUGCAUUCAGCGUCGGGGUUCAAAGCCGAUCCAAGUUCGUAGAACAGCUCGUAUGGUGUCACGCAAGCCUUUAUCCGAAGCUUCGAGCUCUUUCGAUGACAGCCUGGGCGGCGCUUUGGAGCAAAUGUCCUUCGAUCCAGACAGACUGCCUCCUAGGAGCGCAUCAGCCCACAUCCCUAGCUUCCCUCAAGGUCAACGUGGCCGCUCGUCGGGCUGGACUUCAGGAAGCAGCAUCCCGAUUCGUAUCGUUGCUGGCGGUCUAGGUGGCAUUUAUCGUGCCGGAAAGGAGCUCGGACGUGGUGUCGAGAUGGCUCGACGUCGCACUAGUGGCGCUUCCGGUACCGUUGCACCUGACUUAGGCCGAGUCUACCCUGCAGCCAGGACUGCAUCCUUCUCGUUUGGUGGCGAUGAUGACAUCGACUUGCUCGGCGAUGACGAGGAUGCGCAUCGCUCCAGUCGGCGGUUGUACGGCAUGGACAACAACGCCAGCACUCGUGUCGAAGACAGGUCGGUGAGGUCUGACGCCUCGCUUCUUUCAGCUCUGCGCAGCGACGGACCUCUGAGAGGCUCGCAGCCUAGCUCUGCCGAAACACCUUCCUUACGCUUCAGCGAAACAGAAGACACAGGCAUAGAUGGUGUCGGGGCGGACUCGGACGAAUGCGAUUGGGACGCCAUCGAGGCCAGCCGCAGCCCGGCGGCACCUGAAGCUCCACUUUUUGAUGUCAUGGAUCUCGGUGAAGGCAACGAUGAAACAGGCAAGGCCUUGGCCAACACAAUCACGGGCAGUCAUGCUGGAAACAGCAUCGACGAAGACUUUACCGUCGGCAUGUUGGACGAAGACUCGGGGCAAGCAACGAUGAAUCAUUCUCGCUCGAGCCUGUCGACGGGCCAAGGAACCAAGAGCAAAGUCACGCCUCCUAAAGAGUUGGUCUAUGCGCUUCCAUCUGGUGGCUCGACGCGGUCCAGUCUGUUGAGCCACAGCAGCAAUCUGACGACCACGGCCGACGUGCGUGCCGAUGGCAGAGACCAUGAAGGAAGCUCAAGCGAUGCUAGUCCUUCCAACUCGGGUGGCGCUGACAGUGGAAGCCAGGGUAGCCUAGGUUCAGGAUUGCUUUGCGAGGGCAGCAAGGAAACAUACACGACUGAUAGCUCACCAGCUGGCCUUAUCGCCGAGCUGGAACCUCGCAACAAAGAUGUUGCAGUCAAGGAGACGGAUGGAGCCAUCAUGAAAAAGCCCAUCAGUACGUUUGGCGGCGGAAAGAAGAAGAGAGGUGGAAGGUAG